GUUAUCCUUACGAUAAAAAAAAAUAAUGUUGGUUCUCGAAUAGACUCGAUCUGAAGUAGAGAAAGAAAUUGGCUGGAGAACGACAUUUACCGGUGAAGGAAAGACAAAACAAAACUGGGACAGGAGAUUAUAAAAACACGACUUCAGGAUCAAUUGGAGUUUAACUGAAUUCUCGCCAAUGUUUCACUGGUUCCAGCCAUGGCCUCUCAGACAGGCAACAUGAACCGUGAAGACCGGAAUGUGCUCCGUAUGAAAGAAAGAGAAAGGCGAAUCCAAGAAAUCCAGCAGGGAGGAGCAGCCUUCCCAGCCAACUCCCCCCUCUUUCCCGAACCUUAUAAAGUUUCCAGUAAGGAAGACAAACUCUCCAGCCGUAUCCAGAGCAUGCUGGGUAACUACGACGAGAUGGAGAAAGAGCUGAUCGGUGAAACCACCCUCCCCAAACUCGGCGGCGCAGGCAAGCCCCCCGGCGGCUCGUCGGCGGAGGAGAAGUCGGCGCAGGCGCUGUUCGGCGAGCAGCAGCAGCAGCGCGGCGGGCAGAGCAGUAAAUGGACUCCGGUCGGCCCGGCCGCCGGCAGCUCCUCCCAGUCGCAGAAGCGCUCGUCGUCAGGGUUACAGGGCCACGGCGGCGGCCAGCGGUCCUCGGGCCAGCGGCACGAGCGGGACUACAGCGGCAGCAAGAAGUCCAGCAAACAUGGCGGCUCGGACCACUCCAAGUCGCACGGCUCCAGCCCGGCGAAGGGCUCCCUGAGCGCCGGACACUCGCGGGCCCACGGCUCGGCCGAGCACCACGGCAAGGAGCGCUACCGCAAGUCUCCGCACGAGCGAGAGGCCACCUGGGACUCGCCCUCCCGCGUGCACACCUCCUCCUCCUCCUCAUCCUCCUCCUUCCCCAGCGGGCAGCACUCCAGCCAGGCCUUCCCCCCGUCCCUCAUGUGCAAGCCCAGCUCCAUGCUGCAGAAGCCCACGGCCUACGUGCGCCCCAUGGACGGGCAGGAGACGCUGGAGCCCCGCCCCUCGUCCGAGAGCUACGGCGGCCAGUCGCACGGCGGGAGCAGCGUCGGCGAGAUGAAGUCCAGCAGCAAGGCCUCCCUCGCCAAGCUGAAAAUCCCCUCGCAGCCCCUAGAGGCGUCCAUGUCAGGGGAAGCCAACUGCGUGGAUGAAAUCUUAAAGGAAAUGACCCAGUCGUGGCCACCUCCAUUGACAGCCAUUCACACGCCGUGCAAAACGGAACCCUCAAAAUUCCCCUUCCCCUCCAAGGACACCCAGCACCCGAGCUACCCGAGUGGGGGUCACAAGAGGUACGUUUCAUCGAAGACGUCCUCGAACAGCCAUCAGCCCAAGCCAUGUGAUGCCGAACAAGCAAACAUGUUGGAAAAUGACCUGAAAAUCAGUAGCAGUGAGGACAGCGAUGGGGAACCAGAUUCUGUGAAAAACCCCUCGAGAAACCCCUCAGCCAGCAACAACAGCGAGGCGGCGGAGCGGGAGGACUCGAGCAGCCACAGCGGGUCAGAGAGCAGCUCGGGGUCGGACAGCGAGACCGAGAGCAGCUCCAGCGACAGUGAGGCCAACGAGCCCCCGCGAGCCGCGUCCCCUGAGGUGGGGUUUAAACCCGAACCGCCAACGGCAAACAAAUGGCAGCUGGACAACUGGCUGCACAUAGUCAAACAGUUAUCCCCCGCCUCUCCGGUGGACAACAGCGUCCCGGGCAAGUACAAGAAGGAUAGCUCGGGGAAGGGCUACGGAGGCCAGGGGGGAUCCAAGGAGUCGAGCUCGUCCGGGCCGGGGCGGGACCUGCGGGCCAAUCAGAAGAGCCUGGAGAGCGGGCGGGGGAGGCAGAAGUCCCCCGCCCAGAGUGAUGGUGGGGCCGCCCCACGCAGGACGGUGGGUAAGAAGCAGCCCAAAAAGCCCGAGAAGCCCCCCGUGGUGGAGGAGCCCAAGGGCGGGCUGAAGGUGGAGAGCGAGCCCCCACCGGAGAUCCCGCCCAACCGGCCCAAGGCCGCCACCAAGGGCUCCCGGAAGCCCAGCAUCAAGAAGGAGCCCAAGUCCUCGCCCCGGCAGGCCACGGACAAGCGCAAGGCCCCCAAGACCCCCCCCAGCAAGACCCCGCCGAAGUCCCGGGCGCUCGUGGAGACGGACCUGUCGUCCUCGGACUCGGAGGACAACGACAGCAUCCCGUCCUCCUCUCAGACGCCCAAGUACGCCGAGAGCAUCCGCACGCCCGUCUGCAUCUUCUCCCCCAUGGAGGAGAAGGGCCUGAUCUCGCCCCUCAGCGAGCCCGAGGACCGCUUCCCCGUCCGGCCGCAGGUCCUCCUGGUGAAGAUCGACCUGCGGCUGCUGACCCGCGUGCCGGGCCAGCCCAAAUCAGAGCGGGACGCCACCGCCCAGCGCGAUGGCAAGGACUUCAGCGACAAACCGUCCGGCGAGAAGCUCAAGGGCAAGAGGAAGCCCAAGAACGAAGACGAUGCGGUGAAGAGCGAGAGCAAGAAGCCCAGGAUGGAGGACAAGGGCACGUCCCACCACAAGUCCAGCAGCAAAGACAGGUCGUUGAAGAGGGGCCUGGAGAAGGAGAAGGAGUCGGCCCCCUCGCCCUCCAUCGGCGGGCUCCAGAAGACGCCAAAGGCGGAGCAUCAGAGCCGGAAGCGCACCGCCAGCCAAUCGUCCACCUCCAUCUCCUCCGGCAGCGGCGGCAGCAACAAGGACUGUACCAAGAGCGGGGGGAGCUCGUCCUCCAAGCACCGCAAGCAGGAGGACAAGCAGGGCAGGGGCACCAAAGAGGGCAAGGAGAAGAGCUCGAAGAGUGCAGAUAACCAGCCCCCGGCUCCACUGCUCUCCGUGGAAGGCUCGAAGCUGCAGAGAUCGAAACUGGCGUUCGAGGACAGGGUCCACUCUGCUGAUUACUACUUACAGGAGGCCAAGAAACUGAAGCACAACGCUGACGCACUGACGGACCGCUUCGAGAAGGCUGUGUACUACCUGGACGCUGUGGUGUCGUUCAUCGAGUGCGGCAACGCCCUGGAGAAGAGCGCCCAGGAGGCCAAGUCCCCGUUCCCCAUGUACGCCGAGACCGUGGAGCUCAUCAAGUACACUAUGAAGUUGAAGAGCUACAUGGCUCCGGACGCCACCUCGGCUGAUAAACGGCUGGCAGUGCUGUGUCUGCGGUGCCAGUCCCUGCUCUACCUUCGGCUGUUCAAGCUGAGGAAAGAGAGCGCGCUGAAAUAUUCCAAAACCCUCACAGAACACUUGAAGAAUUCCUUAGGUAAUACACAAGCCCCUUCUCCAGGAAUGGGGAGUAAAGCAGUGGGCAUGCCCUCCCCCGUCUCCCCCAAGCUCUCCCCCGGCAACGCGGGGGGGUACUCCUCCAGCUCCUCCAACCCCAGCAGCGGCUCCUCCGUCACCAUCCCCCAGCGCAUACACCAGAUGGCCGCCAGCUACGUCCAGGUCACCUCCAACUUCCUGUACGCCACCGAGGUGUGGGACCAGGCUGAGCAGCUGGCCCGAGAGCAGAAAGACUUCUUCACUGAGCUGGACAAGGUGAUGAGUCCUCUGAUCUUCAACACCAGCAGCAUGACAGAACUGGUGCGUUUCACGCGGCAGGGCCUGCACUGGCUCCGACUCGACGCCAAGCUCAUACCCUGAGGGCCCGCUGGUCUCCAGGGCCCUCCGGCCCCUCCAUAACACUGUGUCCGUUUAAAUCGGCUUGCCAAAAACACUGAACAAACGAAGAGAAACUACAUAUUAACAAACAGCCCUACGAUGUUCGCUAAGUUUGGGGAGGGUGGGGUGGGUUUUGGACGGUAGGGGUUGGUCAGUAAUUACAGCAUUCUGCACUCUCCUCUCUGUCGGGUACUUUUGGGUUUUCGUUAAAAAAAGCCAUCUUCCUUUUGAUACCAGUGCUUUAUGGUUUUGAAACACACUAAGAAAUUGUUCUUGUUUUUAUCGGGUGUGAGCAAAAUCUGUACUUCUCUCUUAGUUUUUUGUUUUUUGGCUUAUUUUAACCAAAGUACCUCUUUUUAACCAAAGGUGCUUUAAAGCUAAGAUCUGUCUUUUCUUUUCUUUUUUUUUCUUUUUUUAAAAAAUAUAUAUAUCUAUUUUUUGUGCCUUGUAUUUAAACGUACAGGAACUGAGAUGUGUUGAAAUGUGAGCGCGGGGGCGUUCUGUGUCCCUGUACGAGCGAGUUUCGUAACGGGCACAGCGGAGAGAGCUGCGGCUCGGCCAGGUGACCGGGUCGGGUGGGAUCAGGUAGCGCCUCCUCCGCCGGCCCUCCAAACCACAGCGGACAGAUUGCUGGACUUUUGGCUGCCUGACUCAUGGGGACCCCCGUCCUCCCCCCCCCCUCUGGUCAGAUAGGGCUGUCCCCAGGGUGUGGUCUGGGUACGAGGGGGUGCGUCAGGUCGGGACAGAUCUCAUCCACCCGGUCACAGACUGCCCAAACUUUGUACCUCACUGGGACACUAAAACCUGGAGCCACGAACACCAAACUACUGUAUUUAUGCCUGUGAAUCGCAUCUCUACAGCAUCCCGAGCAUCGAGAGACGCUCUUUAUCGUAUGGAAUCUUUUCCACCACUCCAGGGGACGCUCCGCUCUUCCUGGAGUUGGCCUUGCACACCGGUCUUCAUCAGUCCUUUUUUGGCAUUGUAUUUUCAUUCUCUCUCUCUCCCUCUCCCUCCCUCUCUCUCCCUCUCUCUCUCUCCCUCUCUCACUCUCCCUCUCUCCCUCUCUCACUCUCCCUCACUCUUUCACUCUCACUCUCUCUCUCUCACUCUCCCUCACACUCUCUUUCCCUCUCCCUUUCCCUCUCCCUCUCCCUUUCCCUCUCCCUCUCUCUCACUCUCCCUCUCUCUCUCUUUCUCUUUCUGUUUCUCUUUCACUCUCUCUUUCACUCUCACUCUCUCUCACUCUCCCUCACACGCUCUCUUUCACUCUCACUCUCUCUCUCUCUCUCUCUCUCUUUCACUCUCUCUCACUCUCUCUCUCUCUCUCUCUCUCUCUCUCUCUCUCUCGCUCUCUCUCUCUCUGCUCUGGAAGUGUGAACACUAGAUGGAUAUUCCACGGUGUCGGUUUCCUUUGGCAUUACAGGGUGUGAAAAGCUAACACAAACCUUGUCCUCAGAUAGUAUUUAAUAGUGUAGUCAGGCAGAGGUGCCCUCAGAAAAAUCCUUUCACUAAGGAAAUAUAUGCACUCGCAUUUUAAGUCUAAGAUUUUAAUAUUUAAUGUAACAUACACGUGAAAAUUCACAUAUAUUUUAUAUCAUUGUUGGAAGUAACAGGAGUAAUUUUAAUCCAUUUACAGAAUGCAUAACCCAAAAUAGAUUUUAUUUAUAUACUAGGGGAUAGGGUUGUCAAAAUCAAUUUUGGAACUUCACUCAUUGGUGAAGGCUUAAAAACAGGGUUGAAAUAAAUAAUAAAUGCUAUGAAAUGCAAAGUAUUUCUAUUGUAUAUGAAAAUGUCAUAUUUAAAUUUUAGAGCUGGGAUAAGGGGUUUCCAAAGUAGCAUAGUAAAGUGAUUUUGUGUAAUCAAAAUUAUUUUGUUUGAUGGGAUAAUGUGCUAUGUCAAAACAUCCAAUGAUAUUCAGUUAAAGGCAUUUAUGGAUUAUAUUUAUACUGCAGAUUUUAGAUCUGAUUGUGUUACUAAAGUGGUAAACUGCUUUGAAAUGAAUCCUUUGUCAUAUCCUCUUUAUUGCUGUUCUCAAAUAGUUUAAAGUUUCAUUCAUGCAAAAAACAAAAAAGUGAAAAAAGAAAUUAUUGAGAGUAUUUCACGACAUGGGAAACAGGACUGCUGUGUGCAGUAUGCUGGAAACGAACGGUCUGCUAGAGCUCAUUUCAUUGGCUCCCUGGUCGUUUUUUGGGGAUACUGUUAUUUCCUCUGACACUCGCGUGUUGAAGGAAAAAAAAACAAAAAAAAAAAACAAUCUAUGCAGUUUUUAUUUAAACCAAACUUAUAAAAAAUGCUUCUAGUUCUGAAAUCGUUUGUAACCUGGCUUUUUUUAUAUUAGAAUACCGGGUGGUCAAAAGGAGUUUCCAUGAGAGCUUUUGGCUAAAGCCACAUUGGUGGCUUGUUCACAUUCUCACAAAAAAUAAAAAUGUUUUGUUUUUUUACAACACCCACGGUAGGGCCUCAGUUCCCUGUAAGGCAAGCGGAAAAGGCAGGUGACCCAGUAUCUAUGGUCUGGAGUGCCUUUUGAAAUAACUAUGUUAAGAGCUCCAAAUUUAGACACCUACAUUUCACGAAAUUCAAGAAUUCUGCUUCCAUUCAAAAUCAAAAUGAACUACGAUUAGGCUGAAUCCGAAGUGCACAGGCUUGUUUGGGUUGUCAGUGUUAUUUGGACGAUCAUGAAAGCAUCCAGCCUUGAUGAUGAAUUUCUGCAUGGAAUCCCCACUUUUGACAAGUUGUAGUUGCUUUUAUGUUGUUCAUCCGCUCAAAUUUUUAUUUAUUUAUACACUGGUGUGAUUUAAGUGCAAAUGCAAGGCUCUUGGUGAUUAUCAAGAUGGGCGCAAGUACACGGGAGAAUACACAUUACUGUUCAGAUUUCUACACGUUUGUAUUUAUUUUACCGUCUCCUCCUUCAGAUAGAGCUUUUUUAUAUAUAUAUGUAUAUAUAUAUUGCCAUUUUAUUGGCCUUCAUUUCAGGGCUACGGGCUUGUUUAUUGCCAGAUAUGAACUUUAUCAUAUUACACAAAUCCAGGGUAAGACAUUUUUGACAUCCCACAGAAAGACAUAACACUUGCAUGCUUUUAUUUAAAUACAACUGUAAUGUAUAAAUGUAAAUAAAUAUAUUUCUUUUAGGACCAAUUUUUAAUGCAGUUCAACAUUUAUAUUAUGAAUAUCUUGUAAAUAACAGUUGAAUAUAUUAUAUGCACACUAUUUCCUUUUUCCUUUUUCCACUUUUUUUAUUUGGAGUCCCUCCUACCGAAGAUGUUGGAUUUGAGAAUACUGUGUAAGAAAUGUUUUGAUGGGUUGACUUUGUUUUUAUUGUAUUUCACUGUAUUUUGUUUGCCUUUCUUGCUUCAGUGCUGUCGUCAUAAUCAUCGCAGACAUGUUCUGAUGAAGGAAAGAUGUUCUAUUUUAUAUAGUAUGCAGAGCAUUCUCCGAAAUGGGUAUUGUUGAUCAAAUCAAAUGACGCUGGAAAAUAAUUGUGUAUAUGGUUAUCCAUAGAUCUUACUCAUGCAACGUAGUCCAUAACUCGUGUUGGAAUUGCCCAUCCUGUUCAAAGGCCACCCAGGGAUGUUUUAAUAAUGAAGUAAAAUAAAUAAAAUGUGAUGUUUAUCAUCUGAUGAGUAUCUUGAUCAGGGACUGAAAUGUAGUGUUUUCAUUGGGGGAUCAGGUGUUUGUGAAACUGACACUCGCUAGAGUGGGUUUGACGUACCAAAUGCAACCAAGUGGGUGGGUCGGACAAGCCCAGUUUAGAAAAGCAAGACCUGUCCAACUAAAGGCUUUUCCUGGGUUUUCCUUUCCAGCCUCGAAUUCAGUUCCAGCCGAGAUGCCUUUUCAAUCAAACAUUAAAAACACUUUGAAUGGGGAAAUGUUAUAUAUUUCACAGUUGUAGACAUUUGUAGGCCCUUCUCCUCGUAUAUUAGUCUUAAGAGACAUUGGAUCAUCCAGUAAUGAGCUGGAACUGGAUUAUUUUUUAACAUAAAAGUAUAAUGGAGGAUUAACAAUGGUACUCGUUCAUAUUCAAGUUAUUUUAUUUUCUUGGAAUAACAUGUAAAUUAAAUGCAUUCUUGUGAAGUGAGUAUUAACUUGUAAUUAAGGGGUUUUUCUCAGUCUGUCCUGUAUAUUCUUUGUAUUUUGUUGUAUUGAGAAUAAAGCAAACCGUUACGUUUCAA